GGCAAAAGGAGUGGAGGGAAAGGGAUAAGGGAAGUGUGAGCAAAGUUUAUAUAAGCACAUCAUCGCAUUGUAAUCAUCAUUUAAAUACAUUUCUGAAUAACAGCUAUAAGAGGGAGCUGGCCUGGUGUCUCUACUGAGAAUAAUAAGGAGAUGGCUGUCUCAUCUGAACUUCCAGUGGACAUCAAUGACUGGAAUAAAGACCAUGUACGACAAUGGAUGCUGGAGAUAAAAGUGGACAAGGAAGAUGCCGACAUUUUGUACAAUCAGAAAAUCAAUGGGGCUGCUCUUCUGCUUUUGGAUGAGACUGAUCUCAAAGCAGAAGGCCUAUCACUGAAUGCAAGGAAACUGAUUAUUGACAAAAUUGGUCUUCUGAAACAAGAGACUAAGCAGCAGAAUGUCACGGUGACUCAAUCUUAUAGCUUGAAGCCUUACCCUUUCAGUAGAUUUAAUGCUGCUCACAGGUACAGAGAAAACAGCAUUCUAGAUGUGACUGAAUCCGGCCCUAAAGAUUUCAUACAACCAUGCCAUGAAUUCAAAGCAUUCGUAAACACAACAGAAAAGAACAGAAUGAAAAAAUACACAUAUGAAGUCAUUCGAUUUGCAGCAGCUUGCAUGAACAGCCGCACAAAUGGUACCAUUCAUUUCGGAGUGGCGGACGAACCACAUGGACAAAUUCUGGGUGUUAGUGUCCAGAAGCCAGAUGACUUUAAUGUACAACAGUCACAUGCUAUCAAAACACAUUUUAAAUGGGACAAGCAGGUUGAAAUAGCAAAGAGGUGCAUUAAACCCCCCCGAUUUGUUGAAGUUCUCAAAGCUGAUAUGACAUCUGCAGGAAAAUGUGUCAUUGAGGUAGACAUAGAGCCAUCCUCCAUAGUCUGUCAAGAACUUUACUUCAACACUUAUAAUGUAGAAAAAAAUGAAGAUGUGAAACAGGAGCCCAAAGCUGGAGAGAAGAAGAAGAAAGGUGAUGUAUCUUUUUUUAUAAGAGAUAGCAGCAGCAGCAAGAAUCUUAUUACAUCUGGUUCUUCGAAGGAGUGUGACAAUUAUAUUAAAGACAUGCCAAAUAAGUUCCAGCUGAGGAAGGACGCUGAAGAAAAGCAUCUCUCUGUUGUCAAAAACAGUGUGCAAGGCUCUAAAUUGUGUGAGAUGAUAACAGGAGGCACUCAAUCUUUGGACAGUUCCCACUUUGCAUGGUAUAUUGUGGUAGCUAACAAAUCUCAUGCUGUUCAGCUGGAAAACCUGAGUUUCCUUCUUUACAUGAAACUAGUGGCUGUUUUGGAUUUUGAUCCAGAAUCUGCUGAGAAGGGCUUGAAUAAGCUGUUUGAAGACAGAAAAACCAAUGUUCACUUACCAGUUCAGUAUAAAAUUAAGGGCGCAGUUGAAGAUAUAGCAAAGAAGUUAAAGCUGACCAAAAAUACAAGCUGGGUUUUCUGUAAUGGAGGCAUUGAGGAGGAAAACCCCUCUGAUGCUGACAGAUGGUCGAUUGAGAAGGGCUCUUCAGUGCGCGAUGUAGUUUCUUUUCUGUGCCGAAAAGAUGUGCUGCCUCAGAAAAAAAUCCUCACAGUCUUCUUGCUGUUAAGUCAGGUGAGCGAUGGAAAAGACCCUUUGCUUGAGACCUUCAAUAUGUUUUUACAAGAGCUCAAGGGGGGAAACCAAAUCUUAUGCAUCAGUGACAAUGAAGCGUCAUACACCUACUGGAAGGAUCUCGUUAAGGGCAGACAUGGAGUUGACAUUUCUACAAGAUGCAUUUAUGAGAUGAGUUUUGUUGAGGUCAAUGGCACCGUGCUCAGUUUGUGGUCAGAGAACCGCAAAUCAAGCCGCUUUCUGCCUUGCGGUGGGGGCAGUAAUGUUAUUCUCUCCAAGAAAACUGAGGACUCCUUAGAAACGCUAAGUGUUCUUUGUGUGAACCAAUGUGAUGGAGGAAAUGAGGACAAACAAAAACACGAGGAGACAUUUUACAAGGGAGGGAAGGUGUCUUGGUGGAACUUCUACUUCUCAGAGCAGCCUGGGUCAAUGGCAUUCAUCAAACGAGACAAAUUUGACUACAUCAUCAAUACUAUUAUCCCGGACAUAUGCAGUCGGAAAAGAGUGUGUGAGUUUUUCAAUAUCUUCCAUCUUCCAGGCUGUGGUGGCACUACACUAGCCAUGCAUGUUUUAUGGGCACUCAAGGACAAAUUUCGUUGUGCCGUUCUGGAAGACACAACAGACGAUUAUACUACCAUAGCUGAACAUGUAGUGCAGCUACUAACAUACGAGACAAAAGAGCAACCUCCACAACUUCCCGUUUUGCUCAUGAUCGAUGACUUCCAAGACAUCUCUGAUGUAAAAAAACUUCAACUUCAGAUCGAGGAGGAAUGUUUGAAGCAAAACAUUUUUUCAAAGUGUCCCCAGGUCAUAAUUGUUAACUGCAUGAGAACCGAAUCCAACGAGCAGACUGACGAUGCCGUUUUCAUUGGAAACAAUUUAUCUAGGAAGGAACAGGAACUGUUCGAGGAAAAGCUCAAGGAGUUUAAGAGGACCAGCACAAACACUAAAACAUUUUACGGCUUCAUGAUUCUGAAGAAUAACUUUUCAACCAAGUAUAUUCAGGGCAUCGUGAAAAAUACCCUCAAAGGUUUCAACUUUCGAGACAAACAUGCUCAACUUUUUGCUGUUCUCGUCCUCUUGCAUGUCUACUGCAAGAAUUCGUCGUUGUCGGUCUCUACAUGCGAAGAGUUCCUUGGUCUGCAAGCAGAAGCAGCUUUUGACACCUGCAAGGUUGAAGGUGGAUUUGAGAGUUUCUCCACUCUUUUGACAAGAUGCACAGUCAAUUCCAAAAUUAGGUUUGAGGGCGUGACAGUGAUUCACUACAGAAUAGCUCAACACUGUUUGAAAGAGCUUUCAACUUUGUCUUCCAAAGUGACAAAAGCAGAUAUCACUAACCUUCUGCUCACAACAGACUUAUUUUAUGAAUAUGCUCUGGGAAGAGAAAAGUUAAUGCAGGAUGUUCACAACAUGCUGGUGAGGAGGCAGUAUUCGGCUGAGGCUCAAGACUCGCUUUUUUCUCCUCUUAUGCAACAUAUAAUGAAGGAGACUCCAGGGAUGGAAGAACUUAUUCUAGAGAAUGCAGCAAAAUGCUACAGAAAAGAUGCGGUGAUAUUUCAGCUACUCGCCAGGUACUAUUACAUCAGAAAAACAGACUUUGACACAGCCAUGAAUUGGGCAAAGAAGGCCAAAGACCUUUCAGAAGGCAACUCAUACAUAUGUGAUACAGUGUCGCAGAUAUUUGUACGUGAGCUCAAGCAUGCUGUUCACAAAGACAAAGAUGAUCCCAUUCAGCCAGACAGCCUCAAUAAGUAUCUUACAAUGGCUAAGUCUGCAGGAGAAGCUUGCACAGAAACACAACAGACAGCAAACAAAGAGGCCAUGACUCGACUCCAAAGACUAAAGGAUUACAAUACCUACAACACCACUGGCUUUCUUGGUGAACUUCAAACUGCAGCUAUUGUCAUACAAAUACUGCAAAGGACACCUCUGUUGAACUACCUUGGUCAAGUCCUGUCGGGUAAAAUUACUUUUGAAGAUUUGUCAAAGAAGAACCCUGAGCUCAAACAAUAUUACCAAGUAUUGCAGAAGCAUAAGAGAUAUCUUCUUCAAUUAAAGGGCACAAUGAAGAAUCAUUUUUAUUUUCUUGAUCAUUUUUUCGUCAAUUUAGUACCCUUUUUUGCAGAGAAAGACAAACAAAAGGAACUGACAAAACGCAAGGUCUCCAGGUACUUUCAACAGUACACUGACCUCUUUUGUAAAAUAAAUUGGAGUGAGGUGGCUGUCAAUGACGAGCGCAUGAACCUCGUGGUUAAAAUUGAUCAGACGUGUCAAUGUCUGGAGAGGAACAAGGGUGAUUCCUAUGCUGGCCUUCUGGAAUAUUUAUAUGAGAAAGACUCUGCAUCAGCUGCAUCAACUCUUGAAGAGAUCAUCCAGCAGUAUAAUUUCCUUCUGAAUUCCAGAAAAGAGUUGGGAGUGAUGAACACUGUCAAAUUCAUCUAUGCCAAUGUAAUUCUGGCCAACAUCAACCCUGAAUCUCCACAUAUCAUGCCUUACCAAGACCUUUGUCAAUUGCUGAUUAAAGUAAUUGAGAACCCCACACCCUUCAGUGAGAUCCUGCCAUUGCACUACAUCACCAUUUUGUUGUUACGGCAAGAGAAGGACUGUCCGUUAUCAACUUUUGUGUCACAAAUAAAGCUGUCAUAUUUAAAAGACCUGAAGCCUGUGUCUAAUGGAAAGAGAGCAGCUGUCCAUUUUUACUUAGGGAAAGACGAAGGUUACGCUGGCCUGAUUUCUCAAAGGGAUAUAAACAGAUGUUUACGACCUGAGCAGGAUAUCUCAACCGAAUGGGAUGAUGAAAAAAUAUGGAAGCAAGUGAGAGACUGUGAGAAGCUUUACAGAGUUUCUGGUAAAAUCUGCGAAGGAUUUAUCAGUGUUGCAAAUGUGAAGGUCUAUCCAAUGUUCAGAAGCCAGUUACACAAAGAAUCCGGCACAGAAGUGUCAUUCUUCAUCGGAUUCUCAAUGAACGGACCAGUUGCACUCGACAUAGACUUUGAGUCAUAAGAUUCUUAAACCUGAUCGAAUGGAUCUGACUGAUUAGCGGAGAGGCAUGAAUGAGAAAACUUUAAAACUAAGACAGUCAGAGGAGCUCAUAAACCAAAGCCUUUAGUUAUUCUUGAGCGUGUUUUUUCGUCUUAAUCUGAAUUUUUAAUCAUUAAUGCUGCAUGCUUUUGUUCUUUGUUUUAUAUGAAAUAAUCUUGCCUAAUUGUGUUUGAUGUUAAUUUCAUAAAAGGAUCUGACUGAGUUAUGUGAGAGGUGAGUCUGGCAAUGCAAUACAUUGACCCCCAGAGGGGCAACCUGUGUUGUAUUUCAGUUAAUUUCUUUCAUAUCAAUUUUUCUUACUGGAUUUUAGAUUUAUAUUGCUAAUAUUCAUAAACAUGUAUUCAUAUAUCACAUAUUUUUUAGAUGUGACUAUUUUUAUACUUUAAGAAAUGUCAAUAAAUAUAGAGCCCGAUAUUCUAUGUUAAUAUGAAAGGAACUUUCCAUAUUGAUUUUUUUUUUUACAGACGUUUUACAUGUAUUUUGAAUUAUGCUUUGCAUUGUGUUGUGUUUAGGGCUGGAGAAAAUGUUUGUAAACCGAGGUAAAGGUAAUGCGCUGCAUCAUGUCAGUCUAAAUAUGUGCAUUUUUAAGAUAUCUUAAAUAAAAGUAAUAGUCUGACUCCUUUGUGUCAGAUGAAAACA